AAUUGAUUAGGCGCAGGAGAGAGCGCAUUAUUGCCACUUCCAAGAAGAUUCCAGUUUCAUUCGAGCUAUAAAAUAUUACUAUGAUAGGUUCUCACCAACAAAUAUUCAUCUCUUAGUUGCUAUCCAUUUGCAAAACGACGAGUCAGUGUUCUGAUUCUUCUUGAGCUGAGCUCUUCUCAGCCUUGUCCAUGGCGAGAAGUGGAUCUCCGACGGGGAAGAUGGUGACAGUCCUGAGUAUCGACGGAGGUGGUGUAAGAGGGAUCAUUCCUGGCACGAUCCUUGCCAAUCUCGAAUCCAUACUUCAAGAAUUGGAACCAAACAGAAGGGACCUGAGAAUUGCAGAUUAUUUCGACAUAAUUGCUGGCACAAGCACGGGUGGGUUGAUCACGGCCAUGAUUACAGCACCAAAUGAGAACAACCGUCCGAAGUUUCCAGCCUGUGAAAUCAAUAAAAUUUACUUUAAGAGUUGUCCUAAAAUAUUUCCCCAGAAAUGUCGCAAUAAGAUGAUGAAUUCAAUAAUAAGCUGGGUAGGCGCACUCAUGGGGCCAAAGCAUGACGGGAAGAAGUUGAAAUCCCUGGUCGAAGAUAUGCUCGGUGCCACCACUCUAAGUCAGACCUUGACCAACGUCGUCAUCCCGACUUUCGACAUCAAGCUUCUCCAACCAGUCAUCUUCUCUACCGACGCCGCAAGAACGAAUCCUUUAAAGAAUGCGCGGUUGGCGGAUGUUUGCAUGGGCACCUCCGCAGCUCCCAUAUUCCUCCCGCCGUACUACUUCAAGACCGAAGACAAGAACGAGGAGCGUCACUUCAAUCUCAUCGAUGGUGGGGUUGCAGCAAAUAAUCCCGCCUUAGUUGCUCUCAGCCACAUUAAUAGAGAGAUUUUCUCGCAAAACGGAGAGUGCAAGGACAAAAAUCCAGGACAAAUCGAUCGAAUAUUAGUGCUAUCACUCGGUACUGGUGCGGCUCACAAUAAAGGGAAGUAUAGUGCGGCCAAGGCCGCUAGAUGGGGACUUAUCAAUUGGAACGUUGACCAUGGUUUCACUCCGUUGUUCGACAUCUUCAACGACGUGAUCUCUGAUAUGGUCGAUAUUUACUUGUCUAGUCUCUUCCGAUUCUUCAAAUGCGAGCAAAAUUACCUCCGGAUUCAGGAUGACACCUUGACCGGAGAAGAAUCAUUGGUUGAUGCUGCGACCCCGGAGAAUCUACAUAGGCUGGAGGAAAUAGGGCAGAAGCUAUUGCAAAAACCGGAGUCAAGGGUAAACUUGGAGACCGGUAAAUUCGAAGAGACUGAAAAACAUCGCACCAAUGAAGACGCACUUCGGGAAUUUGCAGAACGGCUCGUUAAUGAAAGGAAGAGAAGAGAAGAGGAAGAGAAGAAAACAAGUAGCAAUUUGUACAUCCAAAAAUGAUCUGUCGUGAUUCAUGAUGCUGCUACUUAGAUGAACUCGAUAUAGCUUAUAGGAUCUUCCAUAAACAAUAAUAGUCUUACAAGUAAAGCUCAUUGGGAUAUUGGUAGAAUUUCUCCUCUUCAUCAAAUAUGAAAUUUUGUAAUUUCAACCAUGAUGCAAUUUAAUUGAGUUCCAGUACUUUUAAGUUUA